AUGGGCAGGCGACCACGCAUCACAGUCGUAUCCUGUAGGCAGCUCAGCGUGGGCGGGCGUAGGGUAAAUUCUGGAAGUUACAAGGGGCGUGGAGAAUUUAUUACACUGGCAUGGCAGUCCAGGUUUUCUCUCUGUGCUGCUGCUGCUGCUGGAGAAGGGGCGAGGAAGAAGCACGAGGAGGAGGGGGGGAUGAUGGCAGCGGGGUCAGUGGGCGACUUGAACAAGCCAAUGCCGGAGAUGGUGGACGUGGGGCAGUACUUUUGCCGAAGGCCCAGCCAGGCCAGCCCGGCCGAAGAAGCGAGUCCGGGCGAGGAGCGGUUCAAUGCGGGAAUGUAG